AUGGACAGCAUGUUCUUCAAUGACUACUGCAUCGUGUGCGACCGGGCGAUUGUCGCGCCAAAAGAGCCGGACGUGGUCGUGCCAGUCAAGAAGAAGGUCGCGGGUGGGAUGAUCAGGGUCAAGAACCCAGAUGGUACAGUCACCACACGUACCGCCAACGGGACAAAAACCACUCGUCCCCCACUCAAACGCGGUCCAAAUUCAGCGAAUCGUCUCGCCGCCGUCGCCGCUGCAAACAACACCAAUGUCCCCAAGUUCCAACCUCUCACUCGGUCCAAGACCGCCGAUCCUGCCCCUCCCAAACUCUCAGAGCGGGAGAGAGAUCAGGCCGACUCUCCGGAAUCGGCCACUCUCAAAACCCCUGCAUGUCCCCCAGCCGACAAGGACACCUCCCCCUUCGUUUCCCCCAUCUACUGCUCGCGCGCAUGCGCCCAGCUCGAGGCGGACCGGUCGUCCGAUCUUGCCCGCAAGAUGUCAUACGACUCGGGACUACACCUCGUAACUUCCGGUCUACCCAUCUCUGGGUCCGGCUCGCGGAAAUCACCAUAUGGUCCCCCCUCCCCUCUCUUCAUCUCAGGCUCGGAGAGCUCGUCCUCGAAUCUCGAAGCGGACGAGGCGAGACGCGCGGCCGAAGCUGCCAGCUCGGCGCCAAACGUGCAGUCCUUCUUCCACAUGCACCGGAAUGCGGAUGAGGCAUGGCGCGAUGUCAACCGUCAACGGCGAUCAUCGGUCCAUCCCUCUUUCCGGCCCAAUACCGCCGCGGCGGUCGAGAUGGCGCGGAACCGGACACGGUCCACGUCCAGUUUCUCCGCGGCCGGCCCGUCCUCGGACAGUCUGCAGAUGAUGUGGAACGGGGAAGAGCAGUUUGGGCGGUCAGUCAGCGGAGCGGGCAGGGCGAGGCGGACGCCCGCUACAGAAGUCGCGCAGCCCGGAUGGCCGAUCGCUAGCUCGCUGCACAACACUACGGCACCGGUCGCUAUCCCCGCGGAAUUCGGAUCGGCCCCGCAACACACUCUCAACCUUUGGCAUUCCUACCAUAAUGCUCUCGCGCGGGAUAGUAUCAAUAUCGGGACUGGUACCUCUGCGCGAUCAUCUAUCUCCCACCCCCAUCCCCACGCACUCGGCUCGACUCCCACUCCUCCCCCGCAGAACCCCGGUCUUCCCUCUCGGCGCCCUAGCCACACCACUUCUCGGCGGCCAAGCCACACCACCCCCGCAGGCUCCACGACCCUUCAGCGUCCGAUGGGGGGAACGAUUCGCGCCAAGUCCAAGACGGACGUCACGUGGGAUUCGUUUGGCCUGGACGAGGUCAAUGCGUCCAAGAGAAGGCAAGAGAGGAUUUCGGGCGUGGAGCAGACGGGACGGACACCGAAGCAGACCAUCCAGGUCGGGGAGAGGGGAUUGACGAUUCAGUACUCGUCCCCGCCCAAGAUGGGUCGGAGGGAGUCUCACCAGCCUCGCACUCAGUCCACUGUCGCGGUCUCGGCGGCGGAGACCCUACACCCCGGCGCACUGGCUAUUCCCCAAUCGGCUCAUGCGGGCUCGGCAACAUCUCCCGGUCGGACACCUACCAACAUGCACCCUCACCGGUCCAAUACGGAUAUUCCGGACUUGGCGGCCCUUCGGCUCGGCGCGACCUCGUGUGCCAUGUCCAGCUCUGCCAAUGCCAAUGGUACGGGGACUGGGACUGGGAGCACGCAAGGGACGUCGGGACCCAAGCCUACGUGGAACUGGAACAAGUGGGAACAGGCGGGCGGGAGAACGUAUACUGUGCCAGAGGGGCUGGCGAGGGCUACCAAGGCGAGUGCGAGUCAGGGGAAGGCGGGGUUGUUCUUUUUCAAGUAG